AUGAGCGUUAAAGUGAAGCAAAAGAAUGUUUUCAGACGUCUGAAAUAUUUAAGGAAUUUCAUUGAUAACAUUGACAUAUCCGUUCUCAUCACUCUAAUGAAAUUUAAAAAUAAAAUUUCGGGUGGGCGGUUAAAUGCUAAUCAGAAUUGUAAAUUGAAUCAUCAGAAUACAGAAAAUUUUAUGAAACCAGACAGAGCAGCUGGAAUAAUAAAAUUUUAUCUCUAA